AUUUCAGCUAGAGCCUUUAAAAUGUAACCGAGGUGCAGCGCAGAAAGGUUUCAGAAUAGUUCCCCUCACCACAUGCUCUGUCACCAGACGUAAACAAACUCACGCGGCGACACGGGGACUCGGAACGGUCGCUCACACACGUCAACUCAAGACUUUUGGAUUGAAGGAAGAGCGCCUGAGGAACACUACAUUGCUACAAGACUGGCCACAUACCUCACAGCGGCGGGGGACAACAUUUCCAGCACCACAGGACACAGCAGCUGCAUCCCAUCAUGACCUCUGCGGGCGAGGCUGGCCGCGGGGGCUCGCCGGGGGCUGACGAGAAGACCAACGAGGAAUACUUCGCCAGUUACGAGGACGUGGAGAUCCACCGCCUGAUGGUGAGUGAUGCCCCGCGGACUCAGGCGUACGCCUCGGCCAUCAGGAAAAACAAGCACCUGUUUGAGGGGAAGGUUGCCAUGGAUGUUGGUGCUGGCACAGGCAUCCUGUCCCUGUUUAUGGCUGCUGCGGGGGCCAGGCGGGUUCACGCUGUGGAGGCCAGUGGAAUGGCAGCCAUCAUUGAUAAGGUGGCGGAGGACAACGGCUUCAGGGACGUGAUACAGGUCCACCAUGCCAGGGUGGAAGACGUCACUCUCCCAGAUGACGAGAAAGUGGACGUCAUAGUGUCUGAGUGGAUGGGCUUCUAUUUGCUCCAUGAGUCCAUGCUGAACUCAGUUAUCUCAGCGAGGGACCGUUUUCUGUCUGAGGAUGGCACCAUCUUCCCCUCUGAGGCAAGGAUCUAUGCUUGUCCGUGCUCCUUACAGACACUCUACCGGGAGCAGAUCAACUUCUGGGAUGACGUUUAUGAUUUUAACAUGACUGCUGUGAAGAACUAUGCACUUAAGUCAAAAAUGAUCAAGCCAGAAGUGUGUCUCAUCAAGGAAGAUGACCUGUUAGCAGAGCCAGCCUGCGUCAAAAGGUUUAACCUGCGUUGGGUGACAGAAGAAGAGGUGAAGCUCUUUGCUGAGACAACAUUUGUGGGAAUCAACCAGCCAGGCACAUACCAGGGACUGUCUCUCUGGUUUGAGUGUGACUUUGAUGGCAGAGAGUAUGAUGAGGACGGGCAGGAAGUAGGUGCCCUCAUCACUCUCUCCACCUCCCCCAUGAGCCCUGCCACACACUGGAAGCAGACAGUGGUGGUGCUUGGCUAUGGGGUUGCCCAAACUCCAGAACAGCCAGCAUUACUGUGCCAAGAAAACCUCAAUGCCAGUAUAGAUAGUGUAUGUCCCUCCCCAGCCACAAAUAAUGGCAAGACAGAAGUUCACAAUGGUUCACCUCAACAGAACCUGGAGAAUGGAUCACAGAACAUGGAGACCUGUGACAAUACCAUCCAGCCAGACUUUGCCAACCUGGUGGAGAAGGACGAGGUGGUGGGGUGGAAGCUGGUGUUUGCACAGAGUGAGGAGAACACCCGCCACUACACCAUGACAGUGGAGAUGCUGGACCCAGAGGAGGUGGAGCACCCCAUGCCCUGUGGUUGCCCCACGCCCCGCUGUGCCAUCAUUGCCAAGAUGAUGGAGCAGGAUGAGGAUGGCAAUGAUAUUAUUGAUUGCACAUAAGAGAAUUUUGUUAUGUUCCUAUUAUUUUAAAAGUUGACAUGAAGUAACUAAAGCUUACCUGUGCAGAAUGUUAACUUUGUUAUGCUGUGCUUCAUGGAAUGUUUGCUUCUUUGUUGUGCAAUAUGUUAUUAAUAAAACUUCAUAAAGUGUG